AUGUCCUCCAUUCCCCUGCCUGUCAGCCAGGAGCUGGAGAACCUUCCACAGGAUCUCAAGGAGCUGCGGCUCUCCACCGAGCAGCGGGAGGGAAAGGAACCGGUGUUUGAGGGCCAUGUGACAGAGGGCGACCCCUCCACCGUCGGCCAUGUGAUAACCACCUCUGGCGGCGUGGGAAGUGCGAAACAGACCAUCCGCUAUGUGACCGAGCGCGUCGUGGGCAACGGCUCCUUUGGCGUGGUCUUCCAGGCACGCUGCGUCGAGACCGGCGAGACGGUGGCGGUGAAGAAGGUCCUGCAGGACAAGCGGUUCAAGAACAGGGAGCUGCAGAUCAUCCGGCUCAUGGCACACCCAAACAUUGUUCUGCUCAAGCACUGUUUCUAUACCACCUCGGAGAAGGACGACGUCUUUCUCAACCUGGUCUUUGAAUUCGUGCCAGAUACAGUGUACCGCAUCAACAAGCACUACACAAAGAAUGAGCAGCGCAUGCCGCUCAUUCUGGUGAAGCUGUACACAUAUCAGAUGCUGCGAGCCCUGGGGUACAUCCACUCCAUGGGAGUGUGUCACAGGGACAUCAAGCCACAGAACUUGUUGGUGAAUGUAUCCACGCACGCCCUCAAGCUGUGCGACUUUGGGAGCGCCAAGACGCUGGUCAGGGGCGAGCCCAACAUCUCCUACAUCUGCUCGCGCUACUACCGGGCGCCGGAGCUCAUCUUCGGGGCCACAGACUACACCUGUGCAAUCGAUGUACUGGGGACACCCACACGGGAAGAGAUCCAUGCGAUGAACCCAAACUACACCGAGUUCAAGUUCCCACAAAUCAGCAAGCUGCUGGUGUACAGUCCCUUGGACAGGAUAGAUGCCCUGCCAGCCCUCACACAUUCGUUCUUUGAUGAGCUGCGGGAGCCUGGCUGCCGGCUGCCAAACAACCGACCGCUGCCCCCGCUCUUCAACUGGCUGCCGGGCGAGCUGGACUCUGUCUCCCAAGAGGUCCAAGCCAGUCUGCAGCCGGGUCGGAGCCCCCCCCCGGCACCUGGUGCCACUACCUCUGCAUGA